AAAACAAAACCAUUUGACAUAGAACCAUUUGAGCCUCUCUUUGGUUCUCUUUCUUUCUCUGCCAAAAACACACACUCUAACCUCACUUACGGUUAACCCAGCCGUUAGAUUCGUUGAUGUUAUGGCGUUUUGGCACCGAAUCCGUAACUCUAACCUCAAAACCUUAUACUCCCAAUUUCACACAUCUUUCACUCAUCUUCUUCCCCAUUCUUCAUUCUCCAAUUCCACCCCCAAAACUCCCCCUAUUCCCCUUUUCCAUCACAAACCCUCUUUUGUUUUCAAUAGCGUCAGGUUUUAUGCUGUUCCCGUUCAGUUUCAGGUUAAGCCCAAGAAUGAGGAGGAUGACUCUGAUGGGCCGCGCUUGAAUGAUCAAAUCAAAGCUAAAUUUGUCAGACUUGUCUUGGAUGAUGGACAUUCUGUAGUUUCAAGGUUUGAAGCAUUGGAACGUGCCAAGAAGCUUAAGUUUGAUUUAGUUGAGGUUGAUAAAAAUGCUAAGCCACCUGUUUGUAAAAUCAUGGACUUCCACAAGGAAAUGUACAAGAAAAAAGAAAAUGACAAGGAACGUGCUAAAAGCAAGUCUGAGAUGACAAUGCGAAAGGAAUGUAAGGAAGUACGAUUUUCUGAAAAAACCGAAUCAAAAGAUCUUAAGAUGAAAGCAGACAUGGUUCGAAAGCUAAUGGAUAAGGGUUAUCGGGUGAAGGUCAAGGCAACAGGCAACGCAGAUCAGGCUAUGUUAAACUCAAUAUCCCGUCUUUCGGCUCUGAUAGAAGAUGUCUGUAUUGUGGAAAGUGGACCGCAUUUGACAAAAAAAGAAGCUUAUAUGAUAGUCAGACAUCUGAAAUAUGGACCGGCUAAGAAAGGUGUGAAAAAAUCUCAAGAUGCCGUACACACGGAUGUGAAAGCCGAGGAGGAUGAUGUUGAACCAUUAACUGCCAAUUCUAGUGAUUCUAUUAACUCUAAGAAUCAGAGUUCUCCUGAAUAUCAGUUUGAAACACAAGAGACAGUGAUUUCUCAUGGUAACAAGCAAUUUCCAUUCUCGGCUGAUAGAUCAGAUAAAAUUGUCAACGACAAGAAUGAUUCAGUUUCUCCACCCGUACUAGAAAAUAGAUAUAAAAAAGCUAAUAAUCGUGGUGAGAACAAGGUUCAACCGAAUGCGCAGGUGCCUCCUGCUGUGACUGAAAAUAGGUACAGAAAAGCCGAGCCUAGAAACAGGUCCCAACAAACAACACCGACUAUAAAUCCAGCGACAAGAGACACAAACAGAUGGACACCCUCGAAUUCAAAUCACCCUCCUGGAUCAAGAAGCCCGAUGCCUUCCCGUGACAAUAUCCACCCGAAUCCUAGAGGUCCGAAUACAAAAAGUCCCGGCUACGGUCUUUUUAGUAGGGAUGCAUAGGAACAUGGAAGGUAACACUCAGUAUUUCAACUUGGCAACUUUUCAGCAGAGAUUCAACAGAGGAGGAAUCUUUGAGCUGGUAUGAAAGUGGAGGUAGAUUAGAGUGGCAAAUAAGUAUAUUACAAGGACAGAUUUGGUCCCAUUAAACACACUAUUCAAUUAAGAAAGAUGGAUUGAUGAUGAAGCAGUGAAUCAGUUACUCCUCAGUCCUGCAAAUCUAUUUUGCCUUUGAUUGAUCUAUGAAAAUGUUUUGUUUAUUUAGCUUAGUUUACUAAUUACUAGGGAUUUUGCAUAAUCUAAUAUUGGAUGGAAGUACACCAAUUUGUAUUUUUUUUCUACAUUCAUUUUGUUUGAUUGUUGAGAAGGGGUGUUUUUACUACCCCUAUAGAAAGUUUAUGCAUGCUGUGGUGAGUGUUUUCACAAGUUCCCAACCCAGAGAAGAUAGCAAUACUGUCAUCUUUGUAUCAAACAAAUAUUAUCAUAAUAAUAAUGGGUGGCUAGGUUCAUUA